AAGAGGGAGGAGAAGGGAGGGGGAGGAUGGUGUCGGGGAAGGAGGGGAGCAGCGAUGGUGGACGAGGGAGGGGGAGGGAGGAGGGAACGGGGAAGGGGGGCAGCCACUGCGAAAGAGGAUGAGGAGGAGAAAGAGAGAGAUAUCGGGCGGGCAGAGACGUCGUUUCGUCGAUGGACAAGAAGACGCAGCAGUCACCGUUCACCGAGAAAAACGUCGCAUCGACAAGAACUCCCCGGAGGAAGACACCACAGUUGCUGUUCGCCGAUGGAGGAAGACAGCCGCUCGCCGAGGAAAUGCCGCAGUCGCCGCAAGCAGGGAAAGAGAGUCGUCGAUGGGGAGAUAGUCGUUGUGUGUAGAGCACGCGUGCACUAGACAUCCUCGUCUUGCCCUAAACCCUAAACCCUAAACCCUAAACGGGUGUGUGCGUGGAUAAUGCGCUCGUUUUGGCCAAUGCAGGGUUCGGGUCAGGCAUCGGUCUUAUUCAAUUUUUAUCAUUUAUCUCAUUGUUUGAUUAUUUAUUAUUGCCAAUGUUGUCUAUGUCAAUUAUUUUAAAUCUCAAUUAUUUUUUUUAUUUUCGUAAUAUUUAUUUGGGCCCAAGCUAGGCUUCCUCGGACACUGGUGUGAUUCAAUUACAAUUGGGUUAACUUGAGUCGAGUUAUUUUGUAUCUCUAGUUUGAACCAAAUAAGAUUCGGGACACCGCAAUAUUUUUGCGAAUUAUUUUGACUAAUUCCUUAGGGAUAUAGCAAGUUGAGGUAGGAAACACAUGAAAAUUUCUGGUUUUGAUCGUAUCUUAUGAUUGAUCAUAUUUUUGCCUUUAAGAGGAUAUGAAUUGGAUCAUGAUUUUAAACUGUAAUUAUCAUACUUUUCCAGAGCAAAUAUUUGCAUCGAGUAUGAUGUGCAGUCGAAUCAUUUAGCUUCUCAUAUAUAAAUUGUGAUGGAUAAUAAUGAUCCGUGCCAUUAUAAUGUAAACUUUUUAGUUUCUCCUAAAAAUUUCUUCAUUAAGCCUCUUAUUAUUCUUGUAAUGGAGUACAACAUGAAGAUUUAAGAGCAAUGUCAAGGUUAUGUAUCUUAGUUUACAUUUAGCAUGUACAAUUAGAUUAACAGGACAGAACUUGCAGAUAGCUAAGGGGUAAUUGAGAACAUUGUUACAAGCAUACCGAUGUCCAACUUAACUAGAGCCUUCAGUGUUACAUGGUGUCCAAAUCAGGAAGGGUAUCCGAUACAUUUGAUCUGCAAACUCUAGUUAUUAUUUAUGUUAGAGAUUUAUUGUGUGCUAGGUCUAGAUUAUGGUCGUAAAACUGUAGUUAAACCUUGUGCUUGUCAUUGGAGAAUGGGCCUCAUGCUACUUGCAUGAUUGUCAUAGAAGAAGAAACAGGUCUUUCUGUUUCUGUUGAAAUGGAUUCCUCAACAUCUAGGACCUAUACAUUAAAACAUUGAGUUGUUCAUGAAUUGUCUGAUCACUUGGGAGGUUCAUGUCAUGAAGAACAAUUCUAUAAUGCAGAAACGAGGUGGUUCUAAUGUUCGAUCAAUAAAAUACUUAACUAGGUAUGUUUUCUGUUCUGUUGAAGUUGAGUUCCCAUUAUUAAGUUAGCUUAUGUUCAGGUUGCAUUUAUGUUCCUCAGUAUGAACUCCAUUAUGAUAUUUUUGGUGUGCUAUCUCUACUAUCUACACGUUGCUAAUUUCCAAAAUCCUUUUCAUGUACUCUUAUAAUUGACUACAUUUUCAUUGAGUGGUGGCUGUAAACAGAAGGUUUUCACACAAUGUGCCAUAAACAUGUCAUGUUAUUACCAUAUACUACUCUAGGUAUGGAGGCAAUUGUUGAGGACACAAACCUUGCAACUGCUUGCUCUGGAUCAAAUAUUUUGUCAUCCGAAUUGAAUGAUACCCAACAACCUCUUCUUAUAGCAAAAGAUUUCGCAGCCUCAAAAUCCACUGAUGAUGGACUUCAAGUCUCAUUAUCGGAUGAUGAUUUGCAAGCUUUUCCAGAUAAUCGACAGGAAGUGGAGAUGUCAAUGCUUUCUGGCCUUGAAUCACUUGAUGAAUUUUCUUUUCAGCACAAUAACACCACUGAUGUCAGACAAGUAGGCAAGUUCCAACCUAGAAACAAGUCACAACCAAUAAAGGGAACUGCUAAAUCUGUUUCUUUUAUUCUUCCUGAUGCUUCCAUUACUGGUCCUCCUCCCAUGGGAUCCUUUUCUGAGAUAACGAACCCUUCUUCUGUACAAGCGAAGAUCGAUAUACCUGUGGACAAUCCUUUGCAUUCAUCAAUCAUAACCUCAGACUGCAAUGAAGGUGUUCAAAUAGAUCACCGAGAGGUGGGAGAAGAGAAUAGAGAAGAAAUCAGACUUCCAAAGGGUUUGGAGGAUAUUCAUACCGAGUCCCAAUCCCAAAUUGUUCAAAAACUUAAGCAGCGGAUCCAUGAAGGAAGGCCUACUUCAGAAAAUGAUGAAGAUGAUGAUGCUCAUAAACCAUGUAGGAAACUGAGAAAGAGGAUAGCCAAGUGCAGUACUGACCAAAUUGACGUUGGAAGCAAUGAUGAACGUGAUAUUGACAACUUUAAUGUCUCUCAGAUGGAUAACAGCCAAAGUGAUGAUUGUCAUAGGGAUGAAGAUAUGCCUAGGCCAAAGAGGACCAAGAGAAAGUCAAAGAGGCAGACAAAUGAAAUCGAAAAACCCACUCGGAAGCGUAAGAAAGCCUUUGAAAAACCUGAUUCUGUUGUAGAGAAUUCACCUAAAAAGAAGUUUCCUCAUGCCACAAGGCGAAGGAGAAGGCAAGUGAACAAAGUUUUACUGCAAACACCUGAAGAUGAGAUUGACCCGAGACAGAUUAGCAUAAGAGACCUAAUAAUGCUUGCAGAAGCUAAGGAGCGUAUAGCAAGUAAAGAAGCGGCGGCAACGAGUAAAUUAUUCUCAGGUCAGAGUACUAGUUCUUUGUCCAAUAAUGAGGACAUUCUUUUUGGAGAGGAUCAAGAACUGAAUCAUUCAGGUGAAGAAGCAAAUCAGAAUGUGCAAUCAACUCCCAAGAGAUUGAAUUACCAUUCUUACAUGAACCGGCCACAAACUAGUAGAUGGUCAAAAGCAGAAACAAAGUUGUUCUACGAGGCUAUUCACCAAUUUGGAACAGAUUUUGCAAUGAUACAGCAGCUGUUCCCUAAUCGCACACGCCAUCAAGUGAAACUAAAAUUCAAAAUUGAAGAACGCAAACAUCCUUCGCAAGUCCAUGAUGCUUUACUUCGUCCUUCCAAAGAUCGUACACACAUUAUGCAAGUAAUUAAGCAGCUCCAAAUUAGGGCAAAGCCAACUUCCAACGGAGAGACAGAUGGUGAUCAGGUGAAUCCAUUGCAGGAUGGCGUUGGUAAAAAGGAGGAAGAAACAAGCGGAGUCCAGAGUGACCAAGAGCAGCAGAGUGAUUGUGAAGAUGAAGUUGAGGGCCCUGAGGAGUUGGAUGAUUCGAAAGGUGAAGCCAAUAGUCCCUCGAAUUUUGAUGAGCAUCAGGGUCUGUUCGAGUGGGAUGGUGCUACUUCCCCUCAAGACACAGAAAAAGACACUCGCUGGGAGAUGUGAACCGUGGUUGGACCCCUAUCCUGCUUCUGCCUGCCUGCCUGCCUCCCCACGGAGUAUCAAUUAUGAUUGAUUAACGACUUCCUCUAUUUUAUUAUCUUCUUGUAUCAUAAUUUUAUUUCUCUCGAUGUUAUCGUGUGUUGAGAUUUGGGUUUCGUGAUGUGUGAAGGGGACAUUCGUAACUUUCCACGAUAGCAAAAUGUUUGCCUCUGGAGUUACUUUCCACGUGAAAGCUGGUUUGCGCUGCUUUUGCAGUGCCAGACGCUUGUUGGAAAUUUAAUCGAGAUAGAUACUCAUUUCUCCUUGGAACUC